AUGGAGCUUCCAUUGGACUCCAAAGUCACUUCUUCUGAACGCAGCAACAAAUGCUGGUACAAGAAACUCAGCUUCAAUUCCCGCAGUUUUGGCAGAAGUGGCCGUUCCUCUCUCGCCUCCACUGGCAUGUCGGAACCCCAAGCAAGAAGCGAGGAUGAAUAUCUUCUCAACAAACCCCUCCCUCCUCUUCCUCAACCUCCCUAUUUCGAGUACAUGUUCGCGGACGCUGGUCUGAAAAUGAAGAUGUCUGACGAGUCAAUGACACGAACAUUCGAAGCACACGACAACAAUGCGCAAGUUGCCCAUGAACUGGAGGCCAAUGAGUUUCAAACUCGGACGUCCAAUUCCCCCAAUUCAGGUUUCAUCCUCGACACACCCGAACUAGCCCAGUUUGCCUUCGCCCGAGCUGGUGUGGACGUGACCACCAAAGAUGUCAUUGACAACCACUUUGCAGCUCUUGGCACAGGCCUCGAAGGGCCUCUUUACAUUGACGUGGAGGAAGAGUUGGAAAAGGAAAAGGCUACUGAGUCGUUCUUUGGCGGUGUUGAGGCGAGAGAGGGACCCUCUCCAGAUCACAUUCCGGUGGUCGAUGAGGAAGGCUUUGCCGAUCGAAAAGAAGGUCUGGAGGACUGGCCUCAGCUGUGGGCACCAGACAAGGCUCAGAGGACUACUCUGGCCGCCAACUCCAAAGUCCCCGAGCCUGAAGACUUGUCAGUCCAAUUACUCGGCAAGCAAACUUCCUCAAACGAAGACAACCAGUCCAGCGACGACAAGCCCAUUCUCCAGCCCAAAUCUCGGAAGAACAAGAUCAAAGGCUUCCUUCGAGAUCCCUCCUUUCCUGAUUCAUACUACACUGCCGACGGUAUCAUCACCUUUCCGACUACCCAACCUGUCCAACCCGUCCAAGCUCCGCGUCCGUUAACGAUCCGGAAGAAAGUCAAGAAGAGGAAUGCUCGCGACUCAUUCGUGACCAGAUCCACGGGCAAUGAGCAUGAGCGGACAUCUGAUGACGACAAUAUCCAUCUCCUCUUCACCAAGAAGAUUCGUGUGGCUGAGAAACUUGUUGAUCAAGAUGUCAACAGCAGCCGCGUCGUCUCAAUGUCUGGCUCCAUCUCCGAUGACAGCUCAUCCGCCUCCUCCUGCGACGACCGCAGCCACAACAGCUCCAGCACCGAGUUCACCGACAUCACCUGCGACGAUGACGACUCCGACGCUGCUCUGGCUCUCAAGCGCAAACGCCUCACCUCCGGCGGCUUGAGCGGCUACCCAGGCCAGUUUGAAUCCUACGAAGCCGACUACCUCCACGUGCGCGCCGCCCACAGUUCGACCCUGGGUGCGCCGACCCCUUUCACCAUGGGCGACCCGCUCCACCCGAACAACGAGUUCACGCACACAAACUUUGUCGAGGACCCGACCUACCCGUCCAAGAAUUACACCAAGGCCGACCUGGACGCUCUCCCCGUGCGCUCUACCGCCCUCACCCAUGCCGAACGCUGUGCCGCGCACGCCGCGUCCCUGGGCGACAUCCGCUCCGACGUCGAAGAGACCCUCCGUCGGGAAAUCCACCGUGAGUGUGCCGCCGCGCGACUCGAGGGCGUCUCCGUGGGCCAGUACCGCUACUACCAGGGAUUCAUGAGCUUGGAAGACUACAUUGCCGCGCGCAUCUGCGUCUGCUGGGACUUCUGCUGGUGCAGCAAACUGUGCACCAUCUACGGCGACGUCCUCUGCCCAUGCAGCGAGUGGAUCGGCGUGCACGGCGAUUGA